ACUGAUGAAUACCCUUCUGUUUUGCUUCGAACUGUACAUUCUAUAAUUAAUAGAACUCCAGAUAAUUUACUUAGAGAAGUGGUUCUAGUGGAUGACUUUAGCCAGCACGGUAAAAAAUACAUUCGAAUAUACAUAUACUCAAAAUCUUGGCUUUCCAUUAAUUGAACAUUUACGCCGUUUUGGCAAAAAAGUUCGUCUUUUACGAGCCCAUACCAGAUUAGGGUUGAUUAGAGCAAAACUGGCUGGUGCUAAAUAUGCUAGAGGGGAUGUUGUUGUCUUUUUAGAUUCUCAUUGUGAGGCUAAUGAAGGAUGGUUAGAACCUUUACUUCAAAGAAUUAAAAAACAACGUUCAGCUGUUGUUUGCCCCGUUAUUGAUAUUAUUUCUGAUCACACAAUGGAAUAUCAAAGUGGGGGUGCUGGUGGAAUUGGAACCUUUUGGUGGAGUUUGCACUAUAGUAUGUCUGAAAUACCUGAAAGAGAAAAGAAAAGAAGGAAAAAUCCGGAAGUAGACCCUUUAUUAACCCCUACAAUGGCUGGAGGGUUAUUUGCUGUUAACAGAGAAUAUUUUUUUGAAGUUGGUGGUUAUGACCCUGGAAUGGAUAUUUGGGGUGGAGAGAAUUUGGAAAUAUCUUUUAGAGUUUGGAUGUGUGGCGGAUCAUUAGAAAUAAUUCCCUGUUCACAUGUUGGGCAUAUUUACCGAAAUGGCCAUCCCUACAACAUGACAGGUCCGGGCAACAAUAAAGACGUUCACGGGACAAAUUCUAAAAGGCUGGCAGAAGUUUGGAUGGAUGAUUAUAAAAGGCUAUUUUAUGUGCACAGAAUGGGGUUAAAAAAUGUUGAUGUUGGCGAUUUAAGUGAAAGAAUAUUACUUAGAAAAAGAUUAAAUUGCAAAUCUUUUAAAUGGUUUUUGGAUAAUAUUAUUCCAGAAAAGUUUGUACCAGACGAAGAUGUUAAGGUGAGAAAAUAUAUUCUUUGA